GUUGAUUUGCAAAAUGGGCCCUACUGUUUUACCUAACUCGCGGGAGUGCGCAAAAUCAACUUGCGCGUUCACGUAUACGCGGUCCCGAUGCAAAAUGGAACACGUGAGCCUUUUGGUCGAAUCACAUUUCAAAUGUCAGCGCGCGUUCCUGUUAGUCCAAACGAAAGAAGUGUCGGAGCCGACAACCCGCUUGACCGAUAACGGCUGCGCUUUACGAUAUAAAAUUAUUCCUGGCAACGGAGCAGAAUGUCUGAGGAAAAGCCAAAGGAAGGGGUGAAGACAGAGAACGACCACAUAAACCUCAAAGUAGCUGGUCAGGAUGGGUCGGUCGUACAGUUCAAAAUCAAGAGGCAUACUCCACUCAGCAAACUAAUGAAGGCAUACUGCGAAAGACAGGGUUUGUCAAUUCGUCAAAUAAGAUUUAGGUUUGAUGGACAGCCAAUUAAUGAAACGGACACACCUGCACAGCUGGAGAUGGAGGAUGAAGACACUAUUGAUGUAUUUCAACAACAGACGGGAGGCAUCUGCUCUUAAGUGUGAUGUGGACUCUGCUCACAGAAGAAUAUCCACACCAUUUUCUUCAUGUUGUAUUUGUUGUUUUUUUUUCUCUUUUCCACUGUGCUUUGUUAAAUGUUAGGCUGUUCACAACAUCAAUAUCAAGUUUUUUAUAUAAAUAUAUUUGACAUGACCUCAUGCAUGUCUCAUAUCAACCAAACUCUUCAUUUUUUGGUUGCGGAUUGGUUCAUUUUUAAUUAAUGUUCUGGAGGAAAACUGCUGCAUUGGAGCUGUUUAUUAAUGUCCCCAGAGAUAGGAAAGGUAUUAUGACAUGACGUAAUAAACAUGUAGUAGUCUCUUUUUAAACCACACCAUUUCCUGUGUCCUGCCCAAACCGAUUUUACCUUCUACUGUUGCUAAGAAAACAUGCUUGCUCCAAGAAAGAUUUAUAUGAAUGGUUUACCUCACUAAUGUCAUGCUCAUAGCAGAUUUACUCAGUUGGCAUAAAAGUAUGGUUGUGAUUCUGGACCAAAAAUGCUAAAUGAGAAACGCUCUUUUAUAAAAGGGUUUUUGUUAGCAAGAGAUGUAGUUGUAAAAUGAUAAUGUAUCGAGUUUGUCUGCACCUUUUUUUUUUUUUGGGGACCUUUAAAUAUACAACAAACCUGUCAACUUCUGCAAUCCAUUAAGGGUUAUAUAUCAUGUCAGUGUAUGAAUAUUGCAUCAAUCUAAAUACAUUUGUCUAAAAUAUAUCGGCUUGUUGGGACUUCUGGAUUGGUUGGUAGAAAUCUUACUUCUCCAUUUCAUUUUUAAAAGUUGACAUUUGUUUUAUUUGCAGGGUGUCAUUGGCAGAUAUUUCCUUUUCUUUUUUUUUUGAUUUGUACAUUAUUUGUCGUCCCUAUACUGUAUACAAUAAAUAUAGUUUGAUACUCCG